AGCACCUGUCAUAUUACACCACUCAGAUGACUUGAUUUGUGUUGUUUCUGUUUUAUCCCAGCUUAACAUGCUUAGCAACAAAUUCCCUUGGGAAAAUAGUGUCAUAAUUAUUUAUUAAAAGUUCAAACCCAACCGUGUCAAUAUGGAUUUUGAUAGCCCCGACGUAAUGAAGGAUUUCCCAGGCUUGUACGCAUCCGAAUUAAAUAAGCAGUGCAAUAACGACAGCGACUAUAGUGACGAAAAUGAGAAAGUCUUGAAAAAGGACAUUCUCAUCGGAAAACGCAAAGAGAAGAAGGAUAAAGACAAAGGUUAUGCCGCUUUAGAAGGCGAAAGUUCAGCUGAUGAAAAUUUCAAGUCGAGAAGCCCGUCGAAAACAAAAAAAGCCAAACCGUUCAAAUUCUCCACCAAAGCCAAAGAAAAACGGGACAAAUCCCGCGAAAAAGAGAAAGAUCUCGACAAGAAGAAAGACCGGGAUAAGAAGAAUGACAAGAAGCAGGACAAGGAGAAAGUCAAGAGUGAGAAAACGAAGAAACUCAAACAGUCAAUUGACGAGACCGCUGACAUCGGCGAUAUUUUACCGAUUUUCGGGGCUAGUUUAGACGUGGCUGUUGAGAGGAGCCGGUGCCAUGACGGUGUAGACAUUCCUUUACCCAUUCGGGAAUGUAUAGACUAUGUAGAAACCGUAGGUAUGUCGUUCGAAGGCAUAUACAAAAUCAGCGGAACAAAAUCAAAAGUUCUCCAAAUACGUAAAAUGUACAAUCAGAGGGGCAAUAUCAAUUUAAAUGACUACGACCCUCCAACCGUCACAAGUUUAGUAAAAACCUAUUUAAGAGAUUUACCAGAACCACUUUUUACAAACGACCUUUUAAUACGUUUCGAGGAAGCCGGAGCCAUCCUUAAUCUCAACACUCGCGAAAAACACUUAAAAAUUUUAGUGGACCUUUUACCUCCCCACAACAAAACGCUCCUCGGCUGGCUCAUCACCCAUUUACACAACGUUUCUCUGAAUGAAAAAUGCAACAAAAUGAACAAACAAGCCAUUUCCACAGCCCUCAACCACACCUUCCACUGCUCCUCGCGCCUCCUCCACGCCCUGCUCCACCACUGCCUCGCGCUCUUCCCCACAAUCACAAUCGCGCGCUACGUGCCCCCUCUCGAGUCCGGGGCCAAGCUCCCCGAGGAGCCCCCCGAGAUCGAGACGGAGCUCAAGAAGCAGGAGUCGCUCCUCACCCAGAUCCACAAGGAGAUGAACGUCUGCUGCAUCUCGAAGCAGCGCGAGGAGCUCCUCUGGGAGGUGCAGAGGAUCAUCACGCAGCUGAAGCGCAAGCUGAAAACGGCGAACCGCGACAAGGAAGCGGUCGAGAAGGUGGAAGCCCCCGAGCCCGAGGCGCAGCCCGAGGAGGCGGCCAGCGAGGAGGAGUCGGAGCUGGACGGCAGCGUCGCGCUGCUGAAGUUCAAGAACGAGGGGCUGCUGCUGCUCAGAGACUCGCUCCUGAAGGACAUCCAGGCGGAGCGCGGCCAGAUCGCCGUGCUGCGCUCGCAGAUCACGGGGGAGGUGCCGCCCGUGGCGAUGGUGCCCAACGAGGACCUGGACGAAGUCAUGGACCUGUUCCUCAAGGAGAACCAAAUUUUGCAAAUCAAGAAGAUCAACUUGGUCCGCCAGAUCAUCGAGGAGCAGGAGAUGUGCAUCGAGCUGAGAGCGCAGAUUUUAGCCAAGUCGUAAUGUGUCCAGUAUUAUUGUAACUGUAUAUAAUAAAUGUUCAAAUUGA